AUAAAAUAAGUAAUACAAAGAUAUGGGGUUUCUCUGCUUUUGAGUGUUUGUUCCAUAUAGUAACAGCUGUGAAGGCCGUUUCUUGCCUUUUGCUUUUGAUAGUCAAGAGACUCAAACAAAGGUGUGAGAGAGAAAUAGAGAACCCCCUUGAGAAGAGCUUUAUUUUAUUAGCCCAAAACUAUUAAUUUAUUAUAAAUAAAUAUAAAUUCCCAAGUUGGUUUUAAUUUGUUUCUAUCCUACUCUCUUUCUCUUUCUCUCACAUAAACCGCCUACAUACAUAUGGCCUUCUUAAAUUAGCAAAGGCAGCUUAUUAAAGUUGGUAUGUUUGUGUAGGUUUUGUUGAGAGAGAGAAACUUUUCCUUUUUAUUUUUAUUAUUUAUUUUUUUAUUUUAUAUAUAAUAUAUAUUUUUUUCUCACUGAGAGCUUCAGUUAAAGUAGAGAGGGAUUCCAUGGGUUAAAGCAGGUUUAUAGCUCAAAUCCUACUGUGACAGUUUCCUUUUUUCCCUCUCUCUUUUCUUCUUCAAUUCAUUUCUCUCUCCCUCUUCUUCUCUCUUCUUCUCUCUUCUAUAUUCUUCUUACUAGCACUAUAGCUAAUAUCUUAUCAAUUAUUUCUUAGCUAGGGAGAGAUUUUAUUUUUAGUUUUUAUUUUCUAUGUUAAUACUAUUAUAUUCUCUUCUAAUCUCAUCUGGGCUUUGGGAAAUUUCUUGGUUUUGGUCGAAUUUGGCCACUGAAAGCAAUCAAAAAGAUUUUUGUCUUCAUUAAUUUAAUUUUUGAAGCUGUAUUCUUGCUCUUUUAACAUAUAAUCAAAGAAGAAGAAGAACAAAAAGUUGGGAUUAUGAGUGAGCUGAUUUGUGAAGAUGAAGAUAAUCUUGUAGAGAAGGUGGAAACAUAUUAAAAGCUAUGAAUAAGAGUAGUAAUCAGCUGGGCAGCUCAAUCACCAGCUCUGAUCUCAUAGAUGCAAAGCUUGAAGAGCAUCAGAUGUGUGGAUCCAAACACUGCCCCGGUUGUGGUCACAAGCUCGAAGGAAAACCGGAUUGGUUAGGUCUACCAGCAGGAGUGAAAUUCGACCCAACAGACCAAGAACUGAUCGAACACCUCGAAGCAAAAGUAGAAGAUAAAGACAUGAAAUCUCACCCUUUGAUAGAUGAGUUCAUUCCCACAAUUGAAGGAGAAGAUGGGAUUUGUUAUACCCAUCCUGAAAAACUUCCAGGAGUGACUAGAGAUGGUUUAAGCAGACAUUUCUUUCACAGACCCUCGAAAGCGUACACAACAGGUACAAGAAAACGAAGAAAAAUCCAAACAGAAUGUGACCACUUACAACAAGGAGGAGAAACGAGGUGGCACAAGACCGGGAAGACCAGACCGGUCAUGGUCAACGGAAAGCAAAAAGGGUGCAAGAAAAUCCUUGUUUUGUACACCAACUUCGGUAAAAACCGCAAACCCGAAAAGACCAACUGGGUCAUGCACCAAUACCAUUUGGGUCAACACGAGGAAGAAAAAGAAGGAGAGCUUGUUGUCUCUAAGAUUUUUUACCAAACUCAGCCUAGGCAAUGUAAUUGGUCUGACCGUGCAGCCUCGGCCGCCGCCUCCGUGGUUGUCGCGGAAGGAAUUAGUAGCGACGGAGGUGGCGGCAUAGGCGGCGGUGGCGGGGGUAGGAGAGACAGUACUGGGAGUGGUAGCUGCUCUUCUAAGGAGAUAAGUAGUAGUGGUAAUAUUAUUAAUAAUCCUCAGAGAGAUCAACAUCAUCAUCAUAAUCAAAUGGUUGCAGCCGCAGCUGCUGUUGCUCAGUUGUCUAGUACUGCUUAUAGUGGUUCCACUAUGGAUAUUCCCAUUCAUCAGUUGAAAUCUGAUCACUUCAGCUUUGUUCCGUUUAGAAAAAGUUUUGAUGAGGUGGGAAUAGGAGAUCAUAGUUCAACAGUAAGGGAAGUAACAGGAGGAGGAGGAGGAGGAAGCGCGUGCGAAGAUCACGUGCGUGAACACCAUCAACAUAUCAGGCCACCAGUACACCUUAAUAACAUGGCUCAAGAACAUCAUCAUCAUCAUCACCAUCAACAACAACAGCAGCAAAUACAUCAUCAAAUGGCAACGACGUCGUUUCACAUAAGCAGGCCUUCACACCCUAUUUCCAAUAUAAUCUCUCCUCCUCCUCUACACCACACCUCCAUCAUUCUUGAUCAGGACGCCUAUAGAAUAAUGCUCCAAAAUCAUGACACCACCACCACCACUACUACUAGUAAUACUUCUUUCCAGCAGCAACAACAACAACAGCAUCAUAAAAUGGGAGGAAGGUCAGCAUCUGGUUUGGAAGAACUCAUAAUGGGCUGCACUUCAAGUAAUAAUAAUAAUAUCAAAGAACAGGAAUCAUCUAUGGCAAACGUACCUCAAGAGGCAGACUGGAUGAAGUACUCUUCCUUCUGGCCUGACCCUGACAAUCCGGAUCAUCAUGGGUAGGAGUGAAAAAACACAAUAAAAGAUUAUUAAAUAAAAAAGAAAAAAAAAAAGAAAAAAAGAAAGGAAGGAAAACCUCUGAUAGACACCAUCAUCAUCAUCAUCAUCAUUAGUACUUUGAAGCCUUCUCUCUCUCUUUCAACGUGAGAGGAGGCCACAAUUUGCUCUUUUUCUUUCCUUUUACCCUAAUAGUGAUGGGGCCUUGGUUUGGACGCUCAUAUAUAUAUAUAUAUAUAUAUAUAUAUAUACACGCCUCUCUCAACUGAACUAACUGUACAAACAGUCCAUGUUGGAAAGGAAAGAGAGAAAAGAACAAAAGGGAAAGAAUGAGAAAAAAAAAAGGAAGAAAAAGAAAAGAAAAGGAGAGAAAGGCUGCUCUCACUUCUGACAAAAUAAUAUUUGAAGAAGGAGAGAACCAAAGACCCAAAACAAAGCGAAGGAAAGCAACACACCCUCCUUAUGUCGAUCCUUGCAUGAAAAUCAUCACCAUUAUAUCAUUACAGUAUCAUAUCUUUUUCUUUUUAUUACAUAUAUUAUAUAUUAUUAUUUUAUUUAUUUUAAGAAUAUAUAUAUAUAUAAUUUAUAUGUCUGUAUAAUGUAUCUCUCUUCUUUGUUGUUCUUUUUACAGAGUAAAUACCAAAGAGUUUGAGCAAAUUUGCAACA